AUUUGAGCAAUCGGAACUACCAAGAAAACUUGGUCGAUAAUCUACAACAAAACAAGUUGAGCAAAAUCCCUCGAUCAUCGAUCAGAGAAACACACACACACACGCCAACACCUCCACCUCCACCUCCACCUCCACCUGCUGCCACCAAAUUCAGCUAUCUCCCUCAAAACCCUCUAAAAAAUUGCACCCACUACUACCAGUUUUCAUUAUCCAAAUUCUUUCAUUGUUUUCUUGAUGUAUACAUGGUGAAGAAAAUGGAGUUGUGAAAAGGAAAGCCAAAAGGGGUUUUCUCGAAUGACGUUGCAUAGUUGGAGGGAUGCCUACAGUGGCAUGUCGGCUGAUAAUAUCAAGGGUUUGGUUUUAGCAUUGUCUUCAAGUUUGUUUAUUGGUUCCAGCUUCAUCAUUAAGAAAAAGGGUCUCAAGAAAGCAGGCGCUUCUGGUAUUAGGGCGGGAAGCGGAGGAUAUUCAUACUUAUACGAGCCUCUAUGGUGGGUAGGCAUGAUAACAAUGGUUGUUGGAGAGGUUGCAAAUUUUGCAGCCUAUGCAUUUGCACCAGCUAUCCUGGUCACUCCUCUUGGGGCGCUCAGCAUUAUAAUAAGCGCUGUACUUGCACAUAUAAUUUUACGAGAGAGGCUGCAUAUUUUUGGAGUUCUUGGUUGUGCUUUAUGUGUUGUGGGUUCCACAACAAUAGUUCUACAUGCUCCUCAAGAACGUGCCAUUGAAUCAGUGGCAGAAGUAUGGGAUCUUGCUACAGAGCCAGCCUUUGUUCUAUACGGGGUACUGGUGUUGGUAGCUGUUUUUGUACUUGUCUUGCACUAUAUCCCGUUAUAUGGUCAGACACACGUAAUGUGCUACAUUGGAGUUUGUUCGCUAGUGGGUUCUUUGUCGGUCAUGAGUGUGAAAGCUCUUAGCAUUGCUUUGAAGCUUACUUUUUCAGGAACAAAUCAACUGGUGUAUCCUCAAACAUGGGCUUUUACCGUCUGUGUUCUGCUUUGUGUCAUUACUCAAAUGAAUUACUUGAAUAAGGCGCUUGACACCUUCAACACGGCUGUUGUCUCUCCAAUAUACUAUGUUAUGUUCACAACUCUUACUAUCUUGGCAAGUGUCAUCAUGUUCAAGGAUUGGGAUGGGCAAGAUCCGACCCAAAUCAUAACGGAACUUUGUGGGUUUGUGACCAUCCUUUCUGGAACCUUUCUUCUUCAUAAAACCAAAGACAUGGCUGACGGUUCCAUACGAUUUUCCAAGCACAUGGACGAGGAAGAAGGCAUCCCGUUGAGACGACAUGAUUCCAGUAAUCUGAGGUUGCCAUAAUGUUUUUCCUUUUCUUAGUAGAAAACCACACUACUAUUGGUGUUUUUCAUUACUUAGCUAGGCCCAAUCAAAUCAACUUUCUUCGGUUAUACAAACUUGUGCUGCCUCCUUUCCGUUAUGUAUUUUUUUGAGGUUGCUGAGUGAUGUUGCGAUUAGUUUCAAAGGUUGUAUCACGUCGUCUUGAUAUGUAUAAACCAUCAAGUUUAUCGAAUGGUGGGCUACUUUUCACCUUGUGUAUUGGUAUAUUUAUGGGAGAAGAACACUUGAUUGUUCUUUUUGUUCAACUUUUGCUUUCAUCAAGACGAUAAGAUACGACUUUCAAGGAGUUUCUGCAACAAGGUCUUGGAUUCAAACCUCUUUGAUGAUUGUAGGACGAGUACGGUGGGAUACUUUGUAAAUGAAGUUGAUUAGAUUUGGAUGGAUAUUACGAUGAAUCCUUGAUUGC